CAGGCGUUAGACGCCCUCGUGAGCGAGGUGCAGGGCAGCUGCACCAUCCUGGUGAUAGCACACCGCCUGUCGACGAUCCGCGAUGCCGCCCAGGUCGUCGUGCUGCACGAGGGCCUUGUGGUGGAGCAGGGCACCCACGACGAGUUGAUGCAAAUCAAGGACGGCCGGUAUGCGACCAUGAUCUCGCGCCAGCUGACCAGCAGUGCAGACGCAACAGAAGAGGUGGAUGAUGAGGAAGUCGAGGCGCCAGACAACGAUCGAUUGGCCAAGCGCGCGCAUGUAGAGGUGGUCCGCUUGUUGGAGUCGUUGCCCGACGCGAAGAAAGCAGAGGUAUUGAUGGCGGUCAUGACGAAGUUCAAGGGGGCCAUGAUGAAAGGCAAAGGCAAGGGUUAAUUAGGCACAUAUUGUGGUCGAUCGUUGGUGGCUGCCCGUUGAGGCGUGCCUCCCUCUCUCGACAAGCGUCCUCACUUGAAGGUUAACCCGGUGAUGCUGUAGUGUUAGGAGCAGUUCUUCGGUGCAGCUGGAGUUCUCUCAGCAAAUGUGGGUAUUCUUCCAGCCAGAAAGGAAAGCAGCAGCGCGUGAUCGGCUUGGUACUUCUUGCGAUCUGCGCUGCAGUCAAAACAAGAAUAUGGUCAGCGUACAGGUCAAACGUUUCCCGCAUGUUGCUACCUCCCAGUUCUAUUGCCAACCAUCCUGUGGGUUAGUCCUCUUUGGGAGUCGAGCGUGUGUUGUUCCUCUUCUCCUCCUCUCCCGUGUCUCCUUUCCUUUUCCG